AUGUAUUAUGCCCCAAGACGCACCCGGACAGCUGAAUCGGGCGCCUGCUCAUACUGCGUCGCGCAGAGAGAGCGCUGCUAUACUGGAGUCAGAGGGAUUCCCUGUUCCAAUUGUCGUCGAUUGAAUCUCAUCUGCGACGGGAAUCCCAGUACAGAAGUCGAGUCUCAAAAGCACAUCACCCCUCUUGCGCACUGUGCGGAAGACACAUUUGCAUCUCAGAUCCAAAAGGCUGGACUUGAGCUUGUCUCCCGACAGAAUCCUAUCCCAGCAGUAGCAGCAACGGCUCCUCUCGACAACUACCUCUCCAUUGUCGACGAGUUCCUUGGUCCCACCCGAACCAGGGUUCCUAAAUACGUAGCUGAGCUUCCGAACCGCCUCGGGCGAGAUGACCUCGACUAUCUAGAGCGCAAGGGCGCCUUGUCUCUCCCGUCUGACCAGCUUCGCGCAGAACUCCUGAAAAGCUAUAUCCUAUGGGUUCAUCCCCAGGUGCCUGUUCUAGACCCGGAGGCCUUUCUCUGCGCCAUCACGGGGACCAGGACAGACAGUGGUAUCAGUCUCCUGCUGUUCCAGGCGGUUAUGUUCGCGGCUGCCGCGUUCGUGGAUAUCUCACAUCUUCGCAACGCGGGCUACUCUUCACGCAAGGCUGCUCGAGAUACCCUAUUCCGACGUGUAAAGACGCUACUCGAGCUUGACUGCGAAGACGACCGACUAGUGACAAUCCAAUCACUCCUCCUCUUAAUCCACUGGCAUGAUCUACCCAACGAGGAAAAAGACGCCAACCACUGGAUGGGCGUCUGUCUGUCCCUGGCCAUGUCUAUCGGUCUUCAUCGCAACCCGGACAGUGAAGCCAUGACCCCGUCUCAGCAGCAAAUCUGGCGCCGCACCUGGUGGAGCAUGCAUAAUCAUUCCCGACUCACGGCCGAAGACCUGCUCUCCAUGAUGAGCAUUGAAGAUCGCGAGGACGGUGCAUUGUCAGAUAUUACGAUGGUCACGCUGAAGGACUUUAACUUUGGAGUCUUCUCUCGGGAAGCGCGCAGUGUCGUCAAUGAUGAGAGCGAUGUUCUGCGCUCAACCGAAUACCAGAGAACACAGGCUAUUGUGUUCAUCGAGAAGACGAGACUUUGCAGGGUAUCGCAGUUCUCGCGAAUUUCGAACCAUAUCAGCAGAAUGGUCUUUGGAACAGAGACUCAUGAGUCCACAUCGCUGGAAAGAAGCCCCCCUGACCCAAACGAAGCCGAGCAUCUAGAUCUACACAGAUGGCUAUCUCAACUCUCCGCUGCGGGCCGCUAUCACUACCCGCUUAUGCUGAUGCCGUCGGAAUGGGACCGCAGCAUAUAUUUGCACCGGACCUGGGUACGGCUUCUUUAUCUCGGGUCGGCGUAUGCAGCGUGCGGCGAUGGGCGAGAUGGGUUGGGCAAUGCGUCAAUUGACUCUAUCACGCCACGCUCUGAACACAGUUGCCAAUAUGUGUUGGACAUGACUGAUAUAUUUGAUGAGGUGCAGAGUCUGGGGCUUUCGGAUAACUUGCCUAGUCCGUGCAUGGCGCUUCUUAUUCUGUCGUUCUCUUUUCAUAGACGCUCGGUUGAACUGGAGACGCCGAGUGCGAGGACUGUUGGUGCGCGCGCUCUUCAUAAAUGCUGGAAUGGGAUUCGACAGUUACAAGAAACAUCUGUGUUAGGGCGUCGCAUGGUUUUACUCGUUGAGGACAAUGUGAGGGCUGAUAUUUGGGACCUAUAA